AUGCAGCAAGCCAUAAGGGGGCAACUGCAGCAGAAGACAUACAUACCCAAGGGAGAGUUGUUGACCUGGCUCAACGGCCUGCUGUCGUUAGACUACUCCAAAGUCGAGCAAUGUGCCAAGUACGUGGAGUCAUGGGGGCGAUCCAAGUUUGACCAGUGUUUCAGUGGAGCAGCUUAUUGCCAGGUCCUUGACGCGCUCUACCCGGAGGAAUUCCCUCUGCAAAGGAUAUCAUAUCAUGCGAAAGCUGAGCACGAAUCGAUCAAGAACUACAAGAUCAUGCAACAAUUCUUCAUGGUCAAGGGGAUCUCGAAGCCGAUGGAUGUCGAGAGGAUGAUGAAGGGCAGGCCGAUCGACAACUUGGAGUUUCUUCAGUGGCUCAAGGGAUUCUACGACGAGCACUCGCGGGGUUGCGAGUACGACGCGGUUGCAAGGAGGAAGAACGCGGGGCUGAAGGUUGCGACGUCCGGGCCGUCGCUGGUCUCUCGAACCCCGAAGAAAUCUUCGACUCCCAGCAAGCCUCACUACGGCACUUCCCACGUCGGAGCCGCCUCACGAGCUUCGUCCGUGGAAUCACCUUUCCUCUCUCCUGGUCCCAGGAACAGCUGCACCCCUGCCACCAUCACGCCGGGCACCAGGACCCCUGAGCCUGCGCUCUCCCACCACCAGGUACAGCAGUACAGAAACGAGAUAGAGGUCCUGCAGCACACAGUCCAAGAGCUCGAGAAGGAAAGAGAUUUUUAUUACGGCAAGUUGCGGUCAGUUGAGCUUCUUUGCCAAUCGACAGAAGAGAAUCCCGACGGACACGGCAAGGCGUCCGUGCAGGCAGGCGACGAGGCUAUCGUGUUGGAGCGUAAGGUGCUUGCCAACGCUUCCUGUUUCUGCGCGAGUGAUGAGUAUGGAUAG